CUCCUCAUUUAGUCACCUGGCGCCAAGUGCCAACCUGCAAAAGAAAAAAGAGAGGGAAAACUGGAAAAGCUGAGUACGCCCCGCAAUGUCGACGAUCUUCAUCGCUGUUCAAUGCUGCCAAUGCUCGACAAUGCAGGUGAAGCAGCAGAAGAAGAGCAGCAACAAAUGGAACUGUGUAAUCUGCAACCAGAAGCAGUCAAUACGGAAGGUAUUCGCUCAAGGAUUCCUUGCUAAAGACGUCCGCAAGUUCGUCCAGAGUUUCAACAUGUCCCGGAAAUUCAUCGAAGAAAACGCAGAAGCUAAAGCCCUAAGCCCACUGCCACUACCACCACCACCACAAAAAGAGAUCCAUAAUCCCACUAAGAGAAGAAGUGAUUGGAAGGAGUAUCUCGAUCCGGAAGACUUCGUAGAUGACAAGCAAGAGGAAAAAGCAACAGCCUCAUGCGUAGGUGGCGUUUCUGAGCCGAAUAUUGUGACGUUGCCGAAUGAGAUUUUUAAGAAACCCAAAUUGAAGAACUACUCUGGUGGAUUGGACAGCGGCGGAGCAAAAAGACUUUUGAAACCCAAUUUCUCAAACAGAAAGAGGGUGACCAAUCAAGAAAAUGAAGAGGGGAAGGAGUUGCAGUCAGGAAAGGCAAAGGGAACGGCAUCAAAGUGGAGCAAUUUCUUAUCAGAGGAAGACGUUGAUGAGUUGUUAAUGGAAAGAGGGAAGAGGGAUGUCCGGGAUCCGUGGUGCCAAGCUGCUAACCUGGACACUGCAUUCAGUGAUCAAAGGGUAGAAGACGAAGUCCAUCCAGAUUUCAAGUGAUUUGUUUUCUAAUGUUCCGGUUUCCUAUAGUUGUACUCCUCUUCCGUUCUUCUUGAAAUAGAAAUGGAAAACCAUUUUGCCUAGGCUCCAUUUGCUAGUCACCAGCAAUAAACUAGACUUAUCCA